AUGGUUUGGGAAAAUAAAAUGAUCACAUAUGACGACCCCGACGAGGAGGAGGAAGAGGCUGAAGCGGAGGAAGAAGAAGAGGAAGAAGAAGAGGAGGAUCUGGUGGACCCUCUGGAGGUGAUUCGGGCCAAAUGCGAGGAGACGGAGCACUGUGUCCACUACAAGGAGAAGCUGGAGAAGUGCGAGGAGCGGGUCGGGUCGCGGUCCAGCACCGAGGAGGAGUGUACGGAAGAACUGUUCGACUUCCUGCACGCACGGGACCACUGCGUCGCACACAAGAUUUUCCACAAAGUCAAAUGA